UGCUCCAACCGCACGCCUCCCCUGUCCCACACCAUGAACAACUUCUCGAUGAUCAUCCGCAACGUCGAGCGGGGUGACCUCGAGUCGCUCUACAUGCUCUGCGAGAUGCUGCUCCUCUCCAACCAGGCUUCCCUGAUGAUGUUCCCGUAUGGCGAGUUCAACCGGGUGAUGUUCAAGAAGCUGGCUCCCUCUGCCGAGCUGGACGACGAGACGGUCAUCUUUUCCACCGCCUCGCUCACUUGCCUGGAGAACGCCUGCGAGGCGCAGCCCAUGCUGGUGCUGCACCUGGCCAAGCCCCUGGCCCCGGUCCUGGCGGAGUAUGUGGCCCAGGAGCGGUACCCCCUGCUCCGGGAGCAGGCCAUGUCCAUGGCCUUGAAGCUGCUGGCCGCGCCGACCGCCCCGGCAGCCGCGCCCCAGACCCGGACCUUCUUCACCUUCCUCCGGCGGGCCGGCCCCACGGCGGCCCCGCUCGACCCGCCCCCCUUCUCGGACUUCAUCACGGUGCCCGAUGACCUGGGCCUGACCAUCGGCAUGCCGCGGCUGGUGCUCAUGCCGCUGGUCCGGGCCGGGCUCUUUGGCGAGGCCCUCCGGGCCCUCGGCAAUUCCACCGGCCAUGUGCAGCGCCAUGCCCUGGAGCUGAUCUUUGCCCUGAUGCACACCCCCUCGCUGGAGAUGUUCGCCUGCCCGAUCUUCGAGUCCAAGUGGCACCGGACCUUCGUGGCUCGGUCCCCGGUGCCGGCCGGCGCCUUUGCCCGGGUGGUGCCUGCCUUGCGCCAGGUGGCCGACGAUGGGCGCCUCUUCCGGCGCUUCCUGCCGGCCCUCUUCGAUCUGGCCUUCAUCAUCAACACCGAGCUGCCGGCCCAGCGGGGCGAGCUGCUCGACUCCUCCAGUCCCAUCCGGUAUCUGUCCUCGGCCGAGGUGUACGAGCGUCUCUUCGACGAGGAGACCCUGCUCUUCUUGUUCGACACGCUCAUGCAGCGCCCGGACAUGCCGGUCUGCGAUGCCGGCCAGAUUGCCCUCCUGUGUGACAUUCUCUUCCAGCUGGGCAACAUGUCGCCCAAUUUCCUGCCUCUGCUGGUUCGCCGCCGUGCCGACUGCCUCCCGCAAGUGUGCCGCUGGCUGCUGACCAGCGCGCUGGACCUGCCGGCAGCCCAGGUCCCCUGGCUGCCGUGGCUGCUGCCCGGCAUGGCGCCCACCCCCGGGCCCGCGCCGGCCGCCUAUCGGAAUCUGGCCACCACCAAGGACGGCCCGGGCAAUGCCAUCAAGGUGGUGUUCACCCUGCUGGCCAUGGCCCGGGCGGACUUCCGCACCACGCCGGCCUCCGGCCCGGCGCUGCGGCAUCUGUUCGACAUCCGGGCCGAUCCCUUCCUGGUGCCGAAGUUCAGCAGCAGCUCCACCGGCUUCAGCGCGCGCAUGCACUUCUCCAGCCUCGAGGGGGGCCUGCUGUCGGCCGCGCGCCGGGGCGACGUGCAUGAGGUCCUGCGCACGCACUUCAACCGGGAAAUGCCCCGCGUCCAGAGCGACCACCUGUCCUGGAUCUCCUUCAGCCCGGGGCUGGCGCAGGUGCUGGAGGCGGCCGGCUGCGGCGGCGGCGGCGGCGGCGGCGGCGGCGGCACGACCUCCGGCCCCGGGGCCGCCACCGACGCCCCGGAGCCCACCUCCUCCGGGGCCAACUACCAGCCCAUCUACGCCGAUGGGGCGGUGGUCCUGGAGCCGGAGCAGCUGGCCAUCCUGACCGCCGGCACGGUCACCGACUGGGGCCGGCACCAGGCCCGGCGCCUGGCCGAGGAUUUGACCCCGGCCGCGGCGGCCCACCUGGCCGGGGACUUCCUCGUGCAGGUGCUCCCGGUGCUGAUCCUCGGCUUCCUCAAGGCCAAGGUCGACAACAUGGCGUACAUUGGCCUGCUCCGGGCCCUGGUCCGGGUUUUGUCCCUGCCGCGGGUGGUGGAGACCCUGUGGCCGGGGGCCGAGGCCGCCACCGGUCCCGACACCUCGGUCCUGCCGCUGCGGCAGCUGGCGCAGGUGGUGCUGUCCACCCUGCCGGCGGCGCGGUUCUGCUUCGAGGUGCUGAUCAAUGGCAGUGACAGCGGCCUGGUGCCGGAUGCCCCGUGCAGCCUCUUUGCCACGGAUCGCCGGUCGCCCAUGGCCUCCAUCAUGACCCUGCAGCUGGUCCGGCUGUUGGUGGAUCUCCUGCCGACGGCCGAUGAGCAUGGGGUCCUGGCGGCGCGGCUGCGGGCCCUGGCCACCAUGCCGGCUCCCGAGGGUGCGCCUUCCGACGCGCUGGCCAUGGCCUUCCUGUGCCCCCCGCCCGGGGCGGUGGCCCUGCUGGAGCGCCGGCCCUUUGCGCAGUCCCUCCGCCGGGAGGGCGCGCUGCACACGCUGCAGCGCUUCCUCCAGAGCUCCUGCGUGCACCGGCCCGUCGGGCUGGGGCCGUACCUGGGGGCCUCGCGCGAGGUCCAUGCCGGCCAUCUGGCCGUGUGCCAGCGGCACAUCACGGCCUGGUUCCACUUCCAGACCGGGUCCCUGCUGAAUGUCCUGGAGCAGAUGGCCACUCAGCCGGCUGCCGGGGCCGCUUCGGCCAGUGCUGCUGCUGCUGCUGCUCGGCGUGCCGCCCGGGCCCUCUCCGGCGAUGCCCUCAUGUCCGAUCCCGAUGGCAGCCCCAUUGCCGAGGGCGGUGGGGCCGAUGAGGAUGAUGAUGCGCUGGAGGGCGCCGGGCCGAUGGCCUUCGCGCUGCGCUUCCUGGCCGCCCUGCCGGCGGACAUGGUCCCGGCCGGGCUGGCCACCUUCAGUCGCCUCGACACGUUGGACCUGCUGACCCAUGUGGCCGGGGCCUUGGACACCACGCAAUCCAUCCCCCUGCUGGUGGCCUACCUGGGGGUGGUUGCCUCGCUGCUGGUGGGCGAGGUGUUGCCCGAGGCCGGGGCCUGCGCGGCCGGCUCGGCCAGCAGUCCCGGGGCCGGGCCGGCGGCCGGUUCCCCCGGGUCCGGGUCGAUGGCCGGCUGCCCCGGCAGCCAGGCCACCCUGCUGGGCCGCAGCGACUCGAGCGUCCUGAGCACCUUCGAGUUUACGCAGUCCGGCCUGGCCGAGCGCCUGGUCGACCUCUUCACCAUGAGCACGAGCAUGGCGGCCGAUGGGCCGGCAUCGGCCCCGCCGUCCAAGUGGCUGGCCCAGCUGUCGGCCUUUGUGUUUGUCUUCUUCGGGUGGCCGCUGUCGGACCACGUGUCGGCGGCCGAUGCGGCCGUCAUCCGGACGUUGCCGGUCCCGCCGCCGGCGGCGCUCGAGCGUCUGCUGGGCCUGCUGCACAAGACCGUCGGCCGGCACUGCGCCGGCGCGCAAACCCAACUGCCGCUGCUCUUCCCGACGGACAAUGACCCGGCGGCGCUGCCCUUCGUGCCGACGGUGCGCGAAGGCUCGGACCAGGACUACCCGGCCCCGGUGGAUGAGGAGGCCAAGUCGCGCUCGCUCAAGUAUGUCAAGCAAAAGGUCCAGGUCCGUGUGACCCUGGCCUCGGAUUCCCUGCUGGCCGGGCAUUUUGACGCCUUCGCCGAUGGGACCAUCAGCAAGGAUGUCCUGCUGCCGGCGCAGGCCACCGUGGCGCAAUUGGCCCAGGCCGUUCGCCGGAUGCAGACCCACCAGUCGAGCAUGAUGUUCCUGGGGAUCGGCCGGAAUGACAGCAUCGACAAUGUGGUGUCCAUCGAUGUGGACCCGGCCCCGGCCGAGACCUUCUCCUUCCCCUCGCCGUCGUUGGACUUCGAUGACGAGGGCCACAUUGCCCCGGUGUCGCCCUUUGGCAUUCCCUUCUCGAAGCCCGGCGGCCACUCGGACCCGGCCGCCGGUGGCAGCGGCAGCGGCAGUAGCCGGUCAUCGCGCGCCUCGCCGGACAUGGCGCCGACCACCGAAGCGGCCGGCGGCCCCGACGAGGCGGCCGACCCGGAGACCUCGCGCACUUCGCGCACCCGGUCCGCCGGUCGGCGGAUGCUCUCGCGCUCGAACUACCUGCUGAGCUCGCUCCGUCAGCAGGAGGCCCGGCGGCAGGCGGCCGCGGCCGCGGCCGCCCCCCCGGCCGACGAGGCCCCUGGCAACACCAGCGGCAACAACAGCAGCAGCAGCAGCGGCGGCGGCGGCAGCAGCAGCUCCGAGGAUGACAGCAGCCCGGUCGGGCGCCGGCGCCGUCGCCAGAGCAGCCCCCCCUCGCGGAGUUCCUCCUCCAGCGAGGACACCGACAGCGACGAGCAGUCGGAUGAUCAGAGCGACAGCGAGCCCGACAGUGCCAGCAUCCUGGAGCUGUUCUCGCGCGCGGCCGCUGCCCAGCCGAACAUCAUGCCGGAUGAGGCCCAGGCGCUGAUGCAGCUGAUGUCCAUGCUGGAGGGGGCGGCUGGCGGUGCGCGCCGCCGCGGGGGUGCCCCCGCGCGCCCCUCCGCCGGCAAGUCCCGCCGUGACAUCAUCCAGCUGGUUCACGAUCGAGACACCCUGCACCGGCCGAAGCUGGACCGCUCGCUGGCGGCCUUCAUCCGGAAGAGUGCCGCGCAGUAUCCCUUCGCGCCGGACGCCGGCUCCGUCCGGCGGGCUGGCUCGUAUCAGGAUGCCGGCGUCCAGGAGUAUUCGCUCUUCCUCGGGGACCGGGCCCUGCCCUACUCGAUGUCCUUCCUGCAGGUGCUGAACAUCCACUCCCGCGCCCCCUCCAUGUUCAUGGCCCAUCCGCUGCACAUCGAGCUGGUCGUGCGUCCCUUCCAGCCAUCGCACUAUGCCCCGGUCCAUGAGGUCGCGGCCCUCGGCAUCCCCGGGACCCUGCUGAAUAUGCCCUUCGAUCCGGCCCACUUUGACGAUACCCACACGUGGGUGCUUCCCGAGUCGGACCCCGCGGCCGAUCUGGAAACCGCCAACCUCGAUGGGGUCGAGCACUUCCUGGCCACACCGCAGGACCUCCUCUCGCGGAACAUGCGUCUCCCCUUGAUCAUCGACCCGAAGUCUGGCUCUCGGGCCAUCGGCACGCAGCUGAAGUUCUCCCUGGCGCUGAUCCAUCUGAUCCGGGCCCUGGCCUCGCGGACCUCGCGCUCGGCCUUCUUUGACAUGAAUCCCACGGUCGACAAGGCCCAGCUUCCCAUCCCCUUCGUCAUCUCGGAUGCCGAGCUCCCCGGGCGUCGCCAGUACAAUGCCUUCGCCAAUGCCCACCUGUCGUCCAUGCUGCUGGCCGACUUGAACCAGCUGGAGACCUGCCUGACGGCCUCGGUGUCGCCGGUGCUCAAGGCACUGGCCUUCGCCUGUCCGCAUCUGUUCUCGGUCGAGUCGCGCUUGCUGCUGGUUCGCAACAACAUCACCGGGCCCAAGAUCGCCGGGCAGGAGCUUGUCACCCGGAACCCCGCCCUGGAGAGCCAGUACACGCACCUGUUCCCGUACACGGACACCGGGUCGCGCUUUGCCGUCCACCGGCGGGGCCUGCGCGCCAGCUCGCAGCUCAUCACCAAGGAGCUCAGCUCCUCCGGUCGCGCGCCGCACAUUCGCUUCGACCAGGAAGUUGGCACGGGCUCGGGCCCCACGAUGGAGUUCUUCCACAAGGCGUCGCGUGAGUUUGCUCGACGUGGACUCGGCCUCUGGCUCGGGGACGAUCAGUUCGUCGAGCAUGUCCCCCGGUCGCCGGACGCCAUGGCCCCGGCCGAGGCCCCCAAUCGGGCCCCCUACUUCGCCAUGCAGUGGCUCUUCGCCCCGUCGGCUGGGCUUGGCCCGGACAGCGACCUGACCGAUGUGCCCUUGACCAUCGGGGCCGCCGACGCGGCUGGCCCCUUCGUCUCGGUGCCGGACGCCGGGCUCUAUCCCCGGCCGACUUUGAGCCAGAACGACGCCCGGGCCUUUGGGCAGGAGCACCUGGUGCACGCGCGCUUCUUUGCCCUGGGCCAGCUGGUCGGCUGCUCCCUGCUGAAUGCCACGAUCCUGGAGCUGCCCCUGAGCGCGGCCUUCUGGCGCGCGGUGGUCUUCGGGCUGGAUGCGGAUGUCCCGAUGGCCGCCGGGCCGACCGGGGCCGCCACCUCCCCGGGCAAGCCCUGGGCCGAUGCCGUGUCCGGCGUGAUGGGGGCCACCCCGCGCGCGGCCGUGUGCAUGGACCUCCUGGAGGAGGUGGACCCACGGCUGCACAUGUCCAUGCAGCGGCUCUUCCGCUUUGUGUGUGACAAGCGCCGGAUUUUGGCCGACACCGGCCUCUCGCGGGCCGAGCAGGACCGCCAAAUCCAGGCCCUGACGCUGGACGGCCAGCCGCUUGAGGCCCUGGCCCUGGACUUCACCCUGCCCGGGGCGCCGCACAUCGAGCUGCUCCCCCGGGGGUCGGACAUCCCGGUGACCGCGCUCAAUGUCGACCGGUAUCUGGCCCUGGUCAUCCAAAACCUCACCAAGCACUGGUCGAUCGCGGCUCGUGUGGCGGCCUUCCGCGCCGGACUCGGGACCUUCCUCGUGGUGGAGGAGCUGAUUCCCCUGGUGGCCGGUGGCCUCAUGCGGUCGGUGGACGAUGUCCCCGGCCAGGCGCCGAUGGAUCUGCUUCUUGGCGGUGCCACCGAAUCGUGGACCUUGGAGUAUCUGGCCGAGCACAUCCGGCCGUCGUACGGCUUCACGGCGGACAGCCCCGCGUUCAAGGCCCUCCUGCGCGUGUUGUCCGAGCUUGACGACACACAGCGCGCGGCCUUCCUGGCCUUCACCACCGGGGCAUCCCGCCUGCCGAUCGGCGGCCUGGCCAGCAUCCAGCCCCCGCUGAGUGUGGUCAAUAAGACCUCCUCGCAUGUUGCAAGUGACUCCAGCGCGGCCGGGCCCACCGAUGACACGUCGCUUCCCAGCUCCAUGACCUGCUCUCACACGCUGAAGAUCCCGAACUACUCGUCCGAGGCGAUCCUCCGCGAACGCCUCCUGACUGCCAUCUACGAGGGCACCGGGAGCUUCCACCUCUCCUGAGGGGGAGCUGGUGCUGCCAUGCGUCCUACUUCUGCCCCUUGUCUUCCCUGCUUUCCUUUUGCCUUGCCACCUGGUGCUGGCCCAUCCUCUUCUUCCAUACCAAAUAGAGCUCAUUACCCCCUG